GCUCUCGCGCUCACUGUCCCCGGGGCCGCUCGCCUGGAUCGACAGCGAUUGGGUUCUCGCGUUCGAACUGACCCCCCGGUCGCGGUGAGGUCAGCGUGAUGUCAUCCUGAAGGUGAGUGAUGUCAUCCCGAAGAUCUCCCAGGCAAGGUGAGCUUGCAUUUUGGUGAGUGUGUGGUGCUCCCCAUCCAGAGAGGUGAAACAUGGUAAUCAUCAUCUCCACCACCACCGCCACCAGCUCAAGCUCUGCCGCCCUGCUCUUCUCAUCUACCGAGGGGCUUAUUGUGUUACACGCCCGCAGCCCCGACCUACCUUCCAAAAAUAAGCCCCUGCCACCAUGCCGAAAGAAGAAAAACAAGAGUGGUAUUUUUAGGGGCAUUAAUUUUGACCACGUGCCCCGAGGGUAAACCGGAUGGCCACUGCGCAAAGGUUCCUCAUCAGUAUGUGCGAGAGCAGCGGGCGCUGGACGUGGACUGCGGUUGUUCUGCUGGGCUUUCUGCUUGGGAUCGUGUCCUCUUACCCCACCUCGAACAGGACUAAUGCAACUCCACUGGAGAAAAGGUGGGAGAUGCUGUUCUCCCGCUCCGUUUUGGGGAUCUCGGUGGACAAAUCGGACCUGAACUGGGAGAGUGACUAUUUGCUGGGCAUUAAGAGAGUGCGGAGGCUGUACUGCAAUGUGGGCAUCGGGUUUCACCUGCAGGUCCUGCCAGGCGGAAAGAUCAACGGUGUCCAUAAUGAGAACCCGUACAGUCUCAUUGAAAUCUCAGCGGUAGAGAGAGGAGUGGUUACUCUAUACGGGGUGAAAAGCGAGAUGUUUGUCGCAAUGAGCAGCCGCGGAAGGUUAUAUGGAACGAGGGCCUUCCAUGACGAGUGCAAGUUCAAGGAGACGUUGCUGCCCAACAAUUACAACGCAUACGAGUCUUCCAUUUACAAGGGAUUUUAUAUUGCCCUCAGCAAACAUGGCCGCUUGAAGCGAGGCUACAAGGCUUCCCCAGCAAUGACUGUCACACAUUUCCUCCCACGUUUAUGAGCAAAACUGGCAAUAAAACAAUAAUUUGCACAUGUUGGAUGUUCUCGUAGGUAACCCAAACAUGCUAAGAGGUGAACUGCAAAGAACUAAAAUAACACUUACGGUAUUUAUUCUCAUUGAAAUAAGAAUAAUAAUAUAUGUAUAUUUCGGUAGCUUACUUUGUGUCUGAACUUUGUGUACAUGCCAUUCUUUGCUGCUUAUGAUUUCUGUUAUGAAUAUAUGAGAGUCGAGGAGCUUUUUUUGCCCUCUCACUUUUUAUGGGUGCUUGCCAUAACUGGUGUAAACCAUACCUGGCGUUGGACUAACAUCCUCAGCUUUUAGAAGUGAAAUGGAUACUUUUUAUUACCUCAAAGAGACACGUCCGCAUUGGAAAAAUUAGGGAGGGAAAAAUAAAUAUCAGUUUACUCUGAUCUUCAUCUGUUGCGCCAUUUUACGAGGGAGAUGAAAGCACUUAUUUUUCUGUAGUUACUCCUUUUUCAUGAUUAGGUGGUGCCUUAGCCUCUGCUAUUUUGCCUCCUUUUGUGCAUGCAAGAAAGAGGUUUUUGUUCCUUUUUUAGAUCAAUAACUAAAAACUGAUUGCAUGCAUACUUAUUGGGAGUUAAACUCGGAGAAGGCCAUUUUACGCCUCAUGUAAGGUCAGAAUUUGACUGAAAGCCUGUGGACGGCUAGACCUGUAAGGUUUGGGUGCUUCCAUUUGAAUGAAUAGUGAAAACUGAUCAAGCUAGUGAAAUGCAUAGAAUUGCAUUCAUCUUGAAUCAUGUGGCACAAUUAUAUGAAAGCAUAGCUGUUGCUUAGUGAUAAUUUUACUUAUC